CCCAAAUCAAGCGUCCGCUACUCAAUAAGGGCAUCGGUACUCUAGUUCUUGCUAUAAAUCCUUUCAGAGUUUGCCUCUCUAGACUGGUAUCGAUAAGCACUGCUGUAGAGUAAACAGCCGAAACUGUGUCCGAGCUUGCUGGAGGAGAUCUAUAAAUUUGGCAAGUCCAACAUCCAAUUCCACACAAGUUUCGGAUAACCAGGCCUCCGAAUUGUGUGACUAACGCACACAACGUCGAACUCUUCUUCGCAGAGAGAUUUUUUUGCUUGCAAACAUCAACCAUGGCUGCGCAACUCAUGCCUGAGCCUUCAAGUUUAGCAACACCUUACGGGACAAUCUCCUACAUCGAUUCCAAGCCCGCCCUGGUGGCCUCCCCAAAUGCACCCGCUCUCCUCCUCAUUCACGGCAACUCUUCCAACUCUCAAAUCUUCCGUCCCGUCUUCAACGCACCCCAAAUCGCAACGAAAUACCGCAUCAUCGCCCUCGACCUCCCAGGCCAUGGCGCCUCCUCCAAUGCCGCGGAUCCAGCCGCCAGUUACACCCAAGCUGCCUACGCCGCCACCGCAGUUCAGCUUCUUUCAUCCCUACACGUCUCCCAUGUUGUGGUCCUCGGCUGGAGUCUCGGCGGCCACAUUGCCAUCGAAAUGAUGCCGCUUCUCGCUCCUUCUUCUACUGCUACGGCGCCAGAGACAAAGCUCCUCGGUAUCAUGAUUACCGGCACACCCCCAUGCAUUGGUCUUGACCAAAUGGCCCUCGGCUUCAGAUUCCCGUGCGACCCAACCCUUCUCCCGCCGGGCCGCGAGAUCCUUACCGAAGACGAAAUCGACGGCUUUGUUCACAUGACCGCGAUCCCUUACGAACCUUGGAUGCGCGAUGCCGUGGCCCGUACCGAUGGGCUCGCGCGGAAGGUCAUGUUUAAUGCUGGCGUUGCAGGCCGCGGACUCGAUCAGCGGAAGGAGGUCGAAACGAACACUGCAGUGGCAGUAGCGGUGGUGAACGGAGGUGCCGAACCGUUCGUCAACCUCGACUAUAUUGAUGAGAUCAAGUGGGCAAAUCUGUGGAAGGGGAAAUGUGUGAGACUUGAGGGCCUACAGCACGCACCUUUCUGGGAGGCGCCGGAUGCAUUCAGGCCGUAUCUUGAGAAUUUCCUGGAGGAUCUGACGAAGCAGUAGACAUGUGGGAGGGCCUCAUGCAGUUGUAGAGUACCAGAACUUUCAUUUUGUACUCUGGACUCUAUCAUGUGACUCUAUUCUCUAUUCCCUCGCUACUCAUCGGACUAUUUCCGUACCGUAGCUUGGAGUGGCUCGACUUGCUAUGACGAGCUUCAAAAUCUACCACCUAGGAUUCAGAUUAAACCCUCAGUAAAGCUACAUCUUGCUGGAAUUUGAGCGACGUUAUUGGAAGCCUUCAUGCGGUACCAGCUACCUUCCAAGAGCCUCCAUUCUCGCGUGCUCAAUAUAGGCUCUCCCGUUUUUGACAUCGUCUUGUGCUUUUUUUACCUCUUUCGAAGGCUUUCGGACGGGACUAUACACGAGGAAACUCAUUGAGUAUGAUCAUUUAUACCUUCAGGAUUUGUCCACGCUCCAAAUUACCAACAUUGUUAUCUUUGGCCUGAACACGUAUGCAACUAGUCG